CUUGCUUUUAAGAUUGUCAUUUGUCUUGUCAAACAUUUUGUUUAGCCAUCAUAGCCAUUAGAUACCUUUGGUUGGUUACAAAUAUUUUUGCCAAACAGAUCUUAAAACAUCGCCGCAGUAAUAUUUAAUUAUAGAAUUUGUCCAGUGUUAAGUGAAUCAAAGUGAACACUUGUGGGUUGUGCCAAACAUAUUUUUAAAAGUAGGUCACAAAUUUUGCCAAUUUGGUUACCGGUACGUCAGUGUAGCAUCAUAAUCUAAUUUUGAUCAAGAUACGAUAAUACCUACUGUUUAGUAAGUUCAAGGUGUAAGCAAACCAGAGUGCAUCAAUUAAUGGUAGACGCCGCAAGUGGACAUGGCACAAAAUGACGAUUAUUUAGAUUCACUUGAUAACAAUCAUUUGGACGGCACAAACGGCUCCCUGAACAUGACGGACAACAGUCUUGGGGGAGGAGAUGAGGCUUCUGGGAACAAUGAAGUUCCAGAUCUAGCUGCCAUCAAGGCUAGAGUCCGGGAAAUGGAAGAGGAGGCUGAAAAGCUCAAACAGAUGCAAACUGAAGUGCAUAUGAGCAUAGGCAGCCCUCCAGGAAUGACAAGUCCAUUGAACAUGUCCUUGGAGGAGAAAAUAGAAGCCGACAACCGGUCAGUUUAUGUUGGCAAUGUGGACUAUGGGGCCACAGCAGAGGAACUGGAACAACAUUUCCAUGGAUGCGGCUCUAUUAAUAGGGUUACAAUUCUUUGUAAUAAAUUUGAUGGUCACCCAAAAGGUUUUGCUUACAUUGAGUUUGGUGAUAAAGACAGUGUACAGACUGCAAUGGCUAUGGAUGACUCAUUAUUCAGAGGACGUCAGAUAAAGGUGAUGCCAAAGCGCACGAACAAGCCAGGAUUGUCGUCAACGAACCGGCCGCCGCGGACGAUGCGCGGGCGCGGCCGGGGCUUCCGUGGCGGGUUCUCGCCGUACUACUCGGGGUACCGGCCCGUGCGACGCGGCAGGGGCUUCAGGCGCGGCUCGUACUACAGCCCUUACUGAGUGCGGUAGAGGGGCGCGGCGGCCUCGGGCUUCCCGCCGCGGCCGCGCGCUCGACCCCAUCACUAUUUGAACGAAUGAAUUCUAUUUUUAUUUGUAAAACAUUGAUUUAUGAACUGACUCUUUGAAAUGUGCUAUUUGUGUGUAAAUGAAACAAUAGGAAAUGUAAGACAUAAGUUGGUACCUCGAACGUAAUACCUGAGACUUCGUGACAUCUAGACAUAGUUCGUUUUGCCGCUACAGCGCCUGUUUUAGUUUUGAGUGUGACUAUAAAGUAUAUUUUUAUGAACAAUUGGACCUAAUAUAAUUGUUAACACGGCUAGGUAUCUAAGUGAAAUUGUUAAAAAAUAAGAUGUGACAGCUAUCUCUAGAUUUAUUCGAUGCCAUGCUCGGGUGAGGUGAUUGAAGGUAUUUCAGAAUAAUUUGUGAAAUUCUUCAUUCGAGCAUCAAUUCACAUACAAAUUUUAUUAAAAUAUAGUCUAUUAAAGUAAGAGGUUAAUAUCUUUAUAAAAUGUAAUAGCUCAAUUCAGCAUUGUAAUAUUUUAUUUGAUUUUAUACACUCUGCAGUUAGCGCUAGUAGCGAGUGAUAUAACUCACAAUGUGCGAUUUAGGUAAAGGCACGCGUUUUAUUAGAGUAAGAACUAAGUGGUGUAUGAUAACUGUACUAUUCCUUUUUUUUUUCUUGGCGCUGAAGCCAUUCACAUUUGUACAAAAUAUAAAAAUAAAUACCAGAGAUAGGUAUAAUAUUAUUAUUACUUUAUCUAAGCAUGCUAGUGAAGAUGUUUGACUGUACCACUUUAUUUAAAAACUGCCAAUUAUUGUGAUUGAAUUCUAAUUAAUAUCAUUUCUCUGGGAUAAUCUCGACUAAUUAUAUCUAUAUGUAUUUUAAAGUUUCCCAUUUUGUGAAAAAGAAAAAUUGUUAGAGCAAAUUUGUUUUAAAUCCCGAAGUCACAUUAAUACUAGCUUAUAUCUGCUGCUUCGCCCGUGCGAAUUUAGCGCCACAUAUAUAUGUAUAUAUGGUCACGUCUAUAUCCCUUGUGGGGUAGACAGAGCCAACAGUCUGUCGGAAAAGACUGAACGCAGUUUAAGCUGUUCGACAUAUGACAGAAUUGAGAUUAGCGCCACCUACAAAAGAAUACAGGUUUUUCUCAAAUCUCAUGGGAACUAACCGGAAGACUCAUUAAGUAUAUAUGUUCAGUGGAUAACGCUUGAAGAUACAAUUGACAAACAAACAAAGAAAACUUACUUUUGCAUUUAUAAUAUUAGUUAGGAUUACUAUCGAAAUUGCGUGUGAGUUGUGUUAUCGAUUAUUAAUUGGUUAUUACAACUGCUAUUGUUAUGUAGUGUGUAUGUGUAGUUUUUCAUACGCCCGAUGUAUCUAUAUUGGUCAGGUAACAAUUUUUAACAUGUCAUUAUAUAAUGUUUAGAAACAAAAAUCUGAACUCGCAAGGAGAAUUUAUCAGUAUUUUUUUAAUUUCACGAUAUUGUAUUGUUAAGAUUUGAUUUUAGCAUUUUCCCAUUUGGGAAAUGUUAUUGUGUAUAUAUUUGUGCAUUGAUUUAAUGAUGAUUAAUUGGAUAAAAUGAUCUUGUCAAUCAAGUACAUUAUUCGUUACACACAUCUAAUAUUUCCUUCAUGUUUCUUUUACAAAAAAAGCAAACGGCACACUAUAGUAAAAAAAAAAGCAUAAAAGUGCGAAAUUAUAAAUUA